UAAUUAAUGUGUCCGGUUGCGCGUGGAGCCGCGGGGUCGCGCGCAGCUCCGUCUCCGUCUCACUGAUCUCCAAACAUCUGACACGGGUGGGAUCUCAGCGCUUUCGCCCUCUGACAGGAUCCGUAAUAACGGGUGAUAAAUCGCUCCAAACUUCUCUCUCUCCCUCUCUCUCUCUCUCUAAUUUUUUCCUGAGGACUCUGCUGGCAGCGCACGACUGUGCGCAUGUGCAAAGGUGUCCAAACUGACAAUGCUGGAGAGAUAGCGCGUUUGGAUUGAGAAUCAAGACAAGAAGUAGUAGUAGAAGAAGAAGUUUUUUUUUAAAGGACAGAAGAGAAGAAAGACGAGAAGUGCAGAGAGACUCGAACGAGACCGACACCGUCAAGACAUCCAGAGCAGCAUGAGGUCCAAGAGCAGGGCGAGGAAACUGACCACCGGUGAUGAAGGUGACUUCCCACUUUUCCCGUCUGAUGUCCUUGAGGAAGCUGGGAGAGCGUCUGACGGAGACCCUGUCCCAUUAAUCACCUCGAACAGCGUCCAUUCAUCGAGUGUAUCAUGUGAAAGAAGCUCCCCAGUGGACUCUUCUUGCUUCAAAACCUCCUUCCAUACACCCGUGUACCUGGACGAUGAGGAGGCAGCACCGUCUCUGCCCCCAGACUUUGAGUUGCGUGAGUCGGGCAUUUCAGCUGGCAGCCUGGGCAUCUGGAGCAAGAGGAGGCUGGAAGUCGGGGAGGAGUUCGGACCCUUUGAGGGAACUCACCGUGGACGGGUUUGGGAGAAGGUUGGACUCGAUGGCCAUGUGUGUGAUAGCACAAGCUGGCUAAGACACGUCCAGAUAUCGCCGUCUCCCCACCAGUACAACCUCACAGCUUUCCCAAUACAUGACCAGAUAUUCUACCGUGUGGUGCGCAAAGUGUCUCCAGGUGAAGAACUCAUACUGUUCAUGAAGGCUGAAGAGUUUUCAUGUGAAGCCAUGGCUCCAGAUAUACAUGAGGAGCGUCAGUUCCGCUGUGAGGACUGCGAGCAACUUUUCCCGUCAGGCUCUGAGCUGCUGGAGCAUCAGAACCACUCGUGUUCCAACCGACCCUCGUCCGGCUUCACGCUGCCCGAGCAGGCCAUCCCCAGUGCCACCGACGAGUGUAAAGAAUGUGAGAGAGUGUUUCCGGAUGGUCAGAGUCUGGAGGCACACUCUCUGUCCAACUCGGAAGAGAGGGAGUAUAAAUGUGACCAGUGUCCGAAGGCCUUCAACUGGAAGUCCAACCUGAUUCGCCACCAGAUGUCACAUGACAGCGGCAAGCACUACGAAUGUGAAAACUGCUCCAAGCAGGUGUUUACAGACCCAAGCAACUUGCAGAGGCACAUCCGCUCACAGCACAUCGGUGCCCGGGCACACGCCUGUCCCGACUGCGGCAAAACCUUCGCCACGUCGUCCGGCCUCAAGCAGCACAAACACAUCCACUCGUCCGUCAAGCCCUUCAUGUGUAAGUCUCUCACCCCCUUCAUAUGCGAGGUGUGCCACAAGUCCUACACCCAGUUCUCAAACCUGUGCAGACACAAGCGCAUGCAUGCUGACUGUCGGACUCAGAUCAAGUGCAAAGACUGUGGUCAGAUGUUUAGCACCACUUCAUCCCUCAACAAACACCGCCGCUUCUGCGAAGGCAAAAACCAUUUUGCUGCUGCUGCAGGAGGGCUCUUUGGCCCUGGAAUGGCUCUUCCUGGCACUCCUGGAAUGGACAAGUCCACUCUAGGAAUGGGGCCAGGCUCCGCUGGUUUGGCAGAUUACUUUGGUCCAAAUCGGCACCAUAGCGGACUAACGUUUCCAGCAGCUCCUGCAGCAUUCCCCUUCAGUUUUCCAGGACUCUUCCCAUCUGGACUGUACCACCGGCCACCCCUCAUCCCUGCCACAACUCCCAUAAAAAGCCCACCAGCCAUGGAAUUCCAGAAGAGUCCGCCAUUAUCCUCACCUGUGCCUGGGAUGCAAGAGUCGCAGGACCUCCUGAUGAGCCUCCGAAAGCACUCAAUCAAUGGCGAAGGAACAGAAAAUGGGCCAGAGCAUCGAAUCGAAGGCUCUGCCACCAAGGUGAGACACGGCAUCAAGACAAGUGACCACUCAGAGAGCAGUGACCUGGAUGAUGUUAGUACACCAAGUGGAAGCGAACUAGAGAGCACUUCCGGGUCAGAACUGGACAGUGAUGCUGAGAGCGACAGGGAUCGAGAAAGGGAUCGGGAAAAUGGGAAAGGACCAAAGAGGAGAUCCAGUAGUCCUACAAUAGGGCAAAGCCCCGCCCACGGCAGCUCCAGCAAUGAAAACAUAAAUGGAACUGAUUUGCAUUCACAAGGACUUUUUUCUCCCACUUCGGAUGAGUGCACCGCUGUUUCAGGAGCCGUCAAUGAUUCCAUCAAGGCCAUUGCGUCCAUUGCAGAGAAAUACUUUGGCUCCACAGGACUGGCAGGGCUGCACAAUAAAAAGGGGGACCCACUGGGAUACCCUGCCAUGUUUCCCCUCCCCUUCUUUCCUGCCUUCUCUCCCCCAGUCUACCCCUUUCAUGAGAGGGAACAUCUUCGACCUCGAGGCCACAAAGGAGAGUCAGAGAGCCCAUCUCAAGAAAGCAAAAAGCCACAAGGCAGUACUGCUGAAUCUCCAUUCGACCUCACCACCAAGCGCAAAGAGGACUGCCUAGCACAGACCUUUGCCACCUCAAAACUAGAGGUGCCUCAUGUACUCUCGGCCAAUCAGGACCAACCACUGGACCUGAGUUUGGGUGGGCGGAGCCGGAGCACACGCCUGAGAUCAGGGGAGUCACAGAAGAACCACGUAAUUGGAGAGGACAGAAACGAGGCUGAGCCUCCAAAAGCAGACUCCACAAUCCAGCAUGCAAGACCCACCCCAUUCUUUAUGGACCCAAUCUACAGCAGGGUUGAGAAGAGAAAAGCAACGGAUCCGUUUGAGGCGCUGAAAGAAAAGUAUAUGCGUCCGACACCAGGCUUCCUCUUCCAUCCACAGCUCCGCAUGCCUGAUCAGAGGACCUGGAUGUCUGCGAUAGAAAACAUGGCGGAGAAGUUGGAAGCGUUCGGCCCGUUGAAGUCAGAUGCCGGGGACAUCAUGCGCUCAGUUCCCUCCAUGUUUGAUUUCCGAGCUCCGGCUACGACGCUGCCUGAGACACUGAUGCGUAAGGGGAAGGAACGCUACACCUGCAGAUACUGCGGCAAAAUAUUCCCACGCUCAGCCAAUCUCACACGGCAUCUCAGAACACACACAGGGGAGCAGCCGUACAGGUGUAAGUAUUGUGAUCGCUCCUUCAGUAUCUCGUCAAAUCUACAGCGCCACAUCAGGAACAUCCACAACAAAGAAAAACCCUUCAAAUGCCACCUGUGUGAUCGCUGCUUCGGCCAACAGACCAACCUGGACCGUCACCUCAAAAAACACGAGAAUGGUAAUCUGUCAGGCACGGCCAUGUCGUCUCCGCAGUCGGAGCUGGACAGCAGCAGCGCCAUCCUGGAUGAUAAAGAAGAUUCGUAUUUCAACGAGAUUCGUAACUUCAUCAGCAGCAGCAGCCAGAACGCUGGCUCACCUCCACACUCUGAUGAAGGAUUAAUCAGCGGCCAUUUUGAGGAAGACAAAGCCGUCACUGAUCCAAGGUCACAUGACCUGGAUGAGGAUGAAGGGGAGGAGCCUGGUGUGGAGGAAGAGGAAGCUGAGCUUUGUGACGCCAACAAACCUGCCAACAUUGUGGCAUCGAGCAACCUAAGUGACGACAUUGCUAAUGACAUCAACGACGACAUCAACGACGAGCUGGACUACAACGGAGCAAGUGAUGGGCUGCUGGACUGCAAAUCUUCACCACAGAGGUUUGAUGAGGAUGACGAGGACGAAGAGCAUGCUGGAUACCCUGCGCUGGAUCACAUCCGCCGCUUCACCACAGAUGACGCGGAGCUCAGUGAUAGUGAUGUCACCGGAUUUGACUCCGCCCACCUACCAGAUGCUGUGAAGCAGCCACUGUACAGGAAGUCCAAGUCACAGGCUUAUGCCAUGAUGUUGUCUCUAGCAGAUAAAGACCCUCUGCCCCCGUCCUCUCACACCGCCUCUGUAUGGCACACACUCGGACGCACGGCCGAGUCCAACGCCCUCCAGUCCCUCAGUCACGUAUGAUGUAACCCCUCUGUGACCUCUUACCCCAACCACAGGCACUCGGACCAAACUCGGCCUCCAUCAUGCACAGCCCAAACACUGCUGAGUAGAGCGCUUUGUUCUUCUGAAAACACUAAUGUCAGGGUCCUUGGAGUGAACACACACACACACACACACACACACACACACACACACGGUAUCCAGUAACACUAGUCAUUCCAUAAUCUGACAAAACACAUUAGAUUGAUUUUAUUCCAAUGAAUGAUUUUUUAAUGAUGAUUUACAAUAGAAGACAGAUAUCUCAAUGAUGAUGAUGAUGAUGAUGAUGAUGAAAGCGAUGCAGAUAGUCGUAAUAAAAAUUGUAUUUAUUCUGUCCAGUUUCUAUGUUUUGCACAGCAACGGCAGCUCAUCGACAGGAGGAAAGGUUCAUUAAUGUGGAACACGAUGAUCUUCCAAUAUUGUGAUUUUUUUUUCCCACUGAGUUGCUUCAGGGGACCUUAAGAGUCUUCUGUAUGAAAAAAGAACAAGAACUUACACACACACACACACACACACACACACACACUGUUACAGACGACAUUCCCUAUCGAGCAGAAUAAUCUUCAACCUUUUUAAAAGGGCAGGUUAUAACAUUGACUGAUGUGUAAAUUAAUUGUAAUAUACACGUAUAUAUAGUAAAAAAUGGAAUCGUAACAGGCCACAUGGGGGCGCUCUUACAAAAUUAAAUAAAUAAAAAUACGAAAAAAAAGACAUAACGAGGACAGUGGGUGUAGGGACUGUCCUCGACUCUGUCAAUAAAAGCACUGCAUAUUUAACUUUAACCUGGACUCCGCCCAGUCUCUCAGUGCUGUCCAAUGAUAGCCGAGACGUGUUUUCUUUUUCGUUUUUUUUCUUUGGAGAGAGGUUGUAAAAAUAAAUCUAGUUUGUUUUUCUAAACAUAGAAAACCUGUUAAAAAAAGUACUGAAGUUUGUAGAAGGAGCUUCUACCGUAGUGUUGUUCUUUAACAGACCGACGUUACCACUACGCAGCCUGCGUGCUCGUCGCUAGCUAUUCCAUUCUCAUAUCUUUCAUUUCUAGACAAUCACGAGUUCAUUGUUUGUUUGUUCCAUGGAUUUAUGGGGGUUUUUUGUCUUUCUUCUAUUCUCGUUGACGUUAUUACUGUGUAUGUUGAAAGGUGUAUUUAUUUCCGUAGUUUGUUUACUGAAUAGCACUGCUCUUGAGCUCCCCUUGUGGUGAAGUGGGAGAACACAAGUUAUGUCUGCGUGCCAGAUAGUAUUAAACCUUCAUCACGUCUUAUACUUCUAAUGAAACUGGUCGAUGAUAUAGUUAUUACUUAGAGUAAUUUUUGUUUUUUUGUUUUUGAUGACACGUUUAUUAAUUCAAGUGUAAAAUAUUUAAAACAAAAUAAAGGAGAGCAUAAAAAACAAGAUAUUUCUUCAUAAAAAAACGCAUGACUGGUCUGGCUUAGAAUUGUAACAUUUUUCUACAGUUGUGUGAAGCUUGUGUGAUGUUUGGGUCCCUAUCGAGUCGUCGUGCCAAAUUCUAUGAGUUCAAAAAAAAAAACAGACUUUAUUUGUUUGUCUUCACAUGUCGAAGGACCAGAUCUGUUUUGUUUGUUGUCAUUGUUUAUAAAUCCAUUUUGAAACGUAUUUGGCAAGUCGAGGUACUUUUGUUCUGAUGCUUUCUACAAUGUAACUGUAAUGCAUUUCAUCUGAGUAAAUGUGGGAGGAGCAACUAAGAAAUAAAGGACUCCAGUGUAGACGUG